AUGCCGUACGUCAUGGUUAUGGGAAGUCUUAGCGCACCUCACCUAUCAAAAGAUGAGGGUGCUACUGUGUAUGGACUUAAAAGUGAAGAGCGAGCUUCAUUAGUAAGGGAGUUGAACACGUCUUUCGGCAUGCAGGUAGCAAUGUUAUCAGAGCCGGAGAGAACAGUAAGAGUAACACAGAAAGGGCUUACUCUAGUCGUGGUGAAUCGUCUUCACGCAUUAUUUGGGUACGACGUCGUCUCACACGCCAUGGCAAUGACAAAUGCCAAUCGGGAGCUGGUCUCAUUUACUAUGUACAAGAAAACCAGUACAAGUUCACAAGGUCAAGGACAUAGCCACAAUCAAGCACAUGUCACUGGACACAGCCAUUCACACAGGAAUUCUCCCAAGGGCCACAGCAGUGUGGUCACACUCUAA